AUGAAGUUAAAAUUGGUUGUAAACUCUAGCAAUGAGGAUUAUAAAUUAUUUAAAACCACUAUAAUGACUAUGGCACAACUUCGAAAGACCGCAAUUUUACGUUUUACAACAGAUAGGUUAAUAGUAGUAUCAACCCCGAAGACGGUUUCUAGUGGUGCAGUUCUAAGCGGUGAUCAGGGUCAAUUAUGGUGUACAAUUCCCAAGGAUGUGUUCUCGCUCUAUAAUGUUACUUCUAUUCGUGAGGAGAAUACAAUUGCAAUGGAGUGCCAAUGUGAUUCAUUAAUGAAUGUAUUAAAGAGGUAUGACAGGUGUACGCAUGGAGAUCUUACAAUAAAGCUUCAAAGUAUGCCGGAGUGGAAUCAAAAUCAUCCUAAUAAUUUGACUGUAAAUGAUGGGAAUAAUAGUGGUAGCCAGGGAAAUCCGAUCUGUGCUUUGGGGUGCACCUUCAAUGAGUACUUGGGCCUGGAAGAUAAUUCUAAAACAGUGUGGCAUUCGUUUAAGGUUGGUGUUAGACUAUUAUACAAAACACAAGAUUCCAAAAUACAGGAGCCUACUGUCAAUUAUAAUAAGCUGUUAAUGUUUCGGCUGCCGCCUGUCAGUGGGGAAUAUGGAGCCAAGUUCUCGGAAUUCAUAAAAAGACUUGAUCGGUACGCUACUCUAAACCAUAUCUUACUACAUGGGGAAAGCAAUGAAGGCGCUCAAUAUGAGGGUCAACUGCGACUGCUUGUACAUGAACUGUCUUGGAAGUUAGAUAUCCAAUGGCGCGGACCCUUGGAAACGAUUACCCAGGGAAAUGAAGAGCAGCGAGAACAGCCUAACGAGCAAUCGCUGCAGAAUACGACAUCACGUAAGAAUAGUAUGGCUGCACAUGGGAACAGUAUGCAAAUUGAGGACAGUGAGCUCGACCUAGAGCCUGAUCAGAUUAGCCUUUCCCGUAUAGAGACACCGGCUCCUUCUGAGAAGACAGAUCGCUUAAACAGAGUAUUUAUAAAGGCGAAGGACUGGAAAGUCUGUUCAAGAUUAUACGAUUCCUUUGAAGAAGUUGUUCUUGCAAUAUCACACGACGAGUCCUGUGUGCUGCAUUGCUCAUUAGACAGAGGGCUAGAAGACGAUCAAUCACAACGUCCAAAAGAGAGAGGGCAAAUCAUCUACUACAUGGCAAGGUCUAAGUUACUGUAA